AAUAUUACCACGUUCAAAAAGUUUAUUCAGAUGGUUCUGCUUUUUGUCAUGUCUUCUGUUUUUCCUUCAUGUGGUAUGUGAAACAGGAAGAAAACGUGAAGAGAAUGAAGUCAUGGUCGUGAAUAUUUCACGCGUCAUUCCGAGAUCUACUUUGCCAUAAAUCAAGUGGCUGAUUUUCUUUGUUUGAGGAGGUUAAAAUUGUUUGUAAAUUUUUUAUGACCAUAAACAGCCCGUGGCAGGUGUUUUUCCUAUUUUGUAAUUGCGGAAAAAUCUUUUCAUACACUACCACUUUUUCUGCUCUGUUCUUUUUUGUAUUCAAUCCGUCCGAGCAUAUGUACAAACGUGAAAUGAAAACAUUCUACUCCCUUGGAAAAAAUUCGUUAUGUUUCACCUGAAAGCUAAAUAUCCAUUGUUUUGUUUCAGUCUGAAACUGUUUAUAUUUUAUACUUUUUACUGUUUUUUUGUUUUUUCUUAAAUAUAUUUUUCCUAUUGUAUUCACUUUUUACGCUGGCGGCGUUUUAUCGCCCUUUUUCGACUCAAAAGCUAUUGAGCUCAGCUUUGAAUGAUUUAUUCGAGAGCCGUUUUUUAUUUAAAAUCACCAAACGGAAUUUCGAUUUAUGCAUAACCUUCUAAUUUUGAAUAUUUCGCACAAAGGCAGAAUUGGUUUAAAAAGCGCAGGAAUCUCUCACUAUACAAGACUGAAAAGUGAGUUUUAAAUGAAGGUGCUCCUUCAUUGUGAAAAUUACAAAUAAACAUUCGAUUCGAAUUAGCUAUUCUGCAUUCGUUUAAAUUCACCUCCCGGGAUUUUUUUUAAAAAAUUUAUUUUGUAUUGAGCCAACAUAUAAUAACUCAAGUCUUUUCAAAUCGAAAAUCAGUGUUGCGUAAAAACUGGUUACCUGCUCUUUAUUAUUCAUUCAUUCGCAUACAGUUGGCUCUUCUUUCUUAUACCUGCCUUGUUGAUGUUCCCUAAUGGUUGUUGAAUUUAUUGUCAAACAGUUUCGAGGCUUUUGAUUGGAUGUUGAUGGAAAACUUGUUUUAUUAGGUGGUAUUACGCAAAAUAAACAUACAAUUAGCGCCAUUUUCAUCUGUUCCCGGGCUCUCGUUUUACUUGACUUUUCCCAAAAUAAAAAAUAAAACCACUGUUGAUAAAGACAGCACAGUACAUAGUUUUAUUACACUUUUCAGUAUUCAAAACACAUCUGAAACUUUUGCCCGCAGCAAAAAAAAUUUUUAGCCUCCGGAUAUACUGUUGCUUCUAAGCCAUCUUCCUUAUCAUCAUCAAACUUGUCGUUAUUUCUGCAUUUUUUGCAAAUAAGUCAUUAGCGCGUCCGAAAUCGAUUCCAGGAAGUGAUUUCAAUUCUUGGUUCCAUCGAAGACUUCAACUAGGAUUGAAGUGACCUAAUACAAACGGGCGUCUUCAAAUCUUGUCUCUAUGGCUGACAGACUUCUGGACAACAUGGCUGGAUUCGCAGGUGCUGUCAAGGGCAGAGCGGCUGGAUACAAACAGCCGAAGGGAGAUGAAGCCUCUCUGAUAAACAAUGACGAGCUAGAGUAUGGGGAGCAGAUCAAUCCGGGUGAUAACAGUGGCGACAACUUCGGAGGAGGAGGCUCACUGCCAAAAAACUUCCAGAUGCCAGUGCUAGACACAGUAUUUGGGAAACUUGAGGUGAUCACGACGCCCUUUAGCAUGUUGAACGAGAGGAUAUCGCGUGUAGUGAAGGUGCCGCACUACCUGUCUGACAAAGUGAGGUAUGUGAUAGCUUGUCUGCUCUCCAUGGGCUUCGCCAUCUCCUUCGGAUUGAGGUGCAAUCUGGGAGUGGCCAUUGUUGAUGUGACCAACAACUCAACUGUCACAGAACACGGAAAGGAAUACGAAAAGGUACCAGAGAAAUGGGCCCGUUUUUCGACAUCAGAAGUUGGUUUGAUGCACGCCUCAUUUUUCUGGGGUUAUCUUCUGACACAAGUUCCUGGUGGUAUAUUGGCGCAAACGUUUCGGCCAAACAAAAUAUUUGCCACUGCAUUGAUUGGCACAUCAUUCUUGAAUCUGCUAGUGCCAAGUGCUCUACAAAUAUCAUCAGAGCUCGUCAUGUUUAUUCGAUUUUUCCAAGGACUAGUUGAAGGGGGAACUUACCCUUCAUGUCAUGGAAUUUGGAGCAAAUGGGCACCUCCCUUAGAGAGAAGCCGACUGGCUACUAUUGCAUUUAGUGGUUCUUAUGGCGGUGUUGUACUCGGAAUGGUCCUUAGUGGUUAUUUGACUCAGUUCAUUGGCUGGGCUGCACCCUUCUACUUUUACGCUUUGGUGGGUCUAAUGUGGUCGGCUCUUUGGUGUGUUCUGAGCUCAUCUACACCUGCUGGAAAUAGAUACAUCAGCGAGACUGAGAAGUUAUACAUUGAGGAUAAACUAGCCGAAGGAGGAGUGUACAUCACUGGACCCAGGACAAAAAGAGUGCCAUGGAAGGCGAUCCUGACUUCUCCCCCUGUGUAUGCAAUCAUAGUGGCCAACUUCUGCCGUAGCUGGACCUUCUACCUGCUAGUGCUGUCUCAAGCAGCCUAUUUCUUCGAGGUGUUCCACUUCGAGAUGUCUGCUGUGGGUCUUCUGUCUGCACUGCCGCAUCUGGUGAUGACAAUCAUGGUUCCGCUAGGAGGGCAACUGGCUGACUUCAUGAGAACCAAGAAUGUCCUCUCGACCACCAAUGUGAGGAAACUGAUGAACUGCGGAGGCUUCGGAGGAGAGGCUUUCUUCCUCCUCAUUCUAGCAUUCACAGAGAGCACAUCGGGUGCAAUUGCGGCGUUGACACUUGCAGUAGGCUUCAGCGGAUUCGCAAUCUCUGGUUUCAAUGUGAACCACCUGGACAUUGCACCUCAGUAUGCGUCUAUUCUGAUGGGAUUCUCCAAUGGGUUCGGAACCCUCUCUGGAAUCAUCGGACCUCUAGUAGUCGGUUGGAUGACUCCAAACAAGACUCGCGAGGAAUGGCAGCGUGUGUUCGUAGUGGCAGCAUGUGUGCAUAUUUUGGGAGUUAUUUUCUACGCAAUCUUCGCAUCGGGUGAGAAACAACCCUGGGCAGACGAGCGAGCCUCAAAUGACGAGUACGGAGACCAGGCGCCAUUCUACAACGCCAAAGGAUAUGGAACAGUCGGGAUUCCGGUGGGGGAGAAACUCCAGGAUGGGGGAGAAGGCAACAUGGGAAUGGGAGGGGGCUACGAUGAUUAUCAGCAAGGGGGAUAUUAUGACUCACGUAGCGAACAUAAUGGUGGAUCGAUGAUGAACUAUUCUUGACGCUCAUAGAACAACGAAUAAUUUAAUUUAUAGUCACCACAACUGCAUUCGAGUUAUAGAAACGCGACAUAGUUUUCUACAGAUGGCUAAAAAGGAUUUAAAAAUGGCGGAAGUUUUUGAUGGGCAAAAAUCGAGUUUUAAAUUGAGUGCCUCGAGAUUAACUAUGA